CAGUACACGCAACAGCAACAGCAACAGCAACAUCAACGACAAGAACAACAGAACAGAACGGAACGGAACGGAACGACACAGUACGAAUAGCAGACAUUGCAAUUCGUAUGCAAAAUCCAAAAUCUUYUACAUUGAACGAGUACGAGUACGAGUAAUUAGUGUACGGCGACCCAAAUUUGGAUACAUCUGCAACAUCCAUCCACCCAUCCAUUGAAUUUUGGAUCGACUUCGAUUGUCUAUUCUAUUUGGUUGGAACAGGAAGGAUAUCGAUCAAAUCUGCGGGAAAACUAUCUCUUACUGCUGUGGACAGCGAACUGCGAUACCGUAGAUCAAGAACCAUCGAGCUCGGCUCCAAACCAAGAAUCAGAAACUACUAACUCACAACCGACAAGAACGACAGGAGCGGAAAUCAUUUUCAGCGCCAGUUAGUAACAGAAACAGAAACAGUUGCUGUUGCUUCUUUCGCUAAUAAUCCAGCUCGCCAUCGGCAGUCACACCGCAACCAUUUCCAGCUUUUCAACGCCCAUCCAGCGACGUCGGUCAGCUCCGACAAGUGGUGGAAGCAACAGCGCGAGCAGCAUCCAGAACGGCAGCGGCACUGCGGCUAUUAACGGACCGAGCAGCAGCAGCAGCAUGGAUCAAUUCGAUAGCCUCAAGCGGGAAGCCACUAAACUAGAGCGAAGCCUGGAAGACAAGGUCGCCCGGUAUCAGCAGGUAGGUUCCUGGUUUGGUGUUCGCCGAGAGGAAGAAUUGAGCAGAAAAAGCGUACAGUAAUUUCGAUGCGUAUUCAUCCCAUGUUUUGGGUUCUAACUUGACGUGUUCUGCUAUUUUGCGGAACGAAUUCUUUUUGGUGGCCUGGCACCGGUUUUCUCGAAUUCGUUUGGUCGGAAAUCGAAACCAAUCGGAUCGGAAACAAUCACGAAUUCGAAUUGAUUCGGGAUGCGACAAUCCAUCCGUCCAUUCGCGAUUGCAAYGAUUGUAUCGAUUGCAGCUCGUACAAUCGAUCCCCGAUGCAACGGCCUCCAACGAUCUCUUAUUGGCGGAAUCCGGAAUGGGGGCCUCGUCUUCGGCAGCCGAAGACGAGGCCGCUCUUCGGCACGACAUCCAAAGAACAAUGACGAAUCUCCAGGAUUUGGUCAACACACAGCUUCAACCGGCGGCGGAAAGAUCCGGCAAGUCACUCCUGGUCAAGCGCUACCGAGAGAUUCUCUUUGACCUCAGUGGAGACUUUGAAAAAUCCCGACAGGCCCACACUCGCAAGAUGGAACGCGCCAAGUUGAUGGAAGGGGCCAGUGCGAACCGACGAAAGAGCCCCCUCGAAAUCGACAACAUGGGCAUGGAUCACCUCAUGCGAGAACGAUCCCAUAUUUCGAACAGCCAGUCGGCCGCCGCGGCUGUCAUCAACCAGGCGGUGGAAAUACGCAACGACCUGAGGUCACAGGGCUUUUCACUGGGACGGGCGCAGGGCGCCAUGGGGCAGAUUGCCAACAACAUCCCGGGGAUCAACACCCUGGUCGAGCAGAUCCGCAAGAAGCGAUCCAAGGACGACAUGAUCGUGGCCGGGGUUAUCGCCUCUUGCAUCCUCUUCACGCUGUGGUAUUUGUUUGGGUAAUGCAAGAACACAAUAAAUUAUUGUCAAAAGUGAUUUAUGUUUACGUACUUUACACACCCGAUGCCGCACUGUAGUUCCUGGUCGCGAUAUGCCGGUAGGAUACAAUCGAAGAAACAGCAGGGCUUUGUAGCGAUCGCAUCGGAAUAUCCCCUUUGCCAUGCGGAAGGCGGCACCACUUCAUUUCAACCUCCCACGAUGCAACCAAUCGGUGCAUCCGAUCCUAGCCAAUGCACCACGGAUCACGCGUGCCAGGCAUCGAUGUGUGCGGCAUGGCGAUCGAUCGAUCACCCUACAAACAGUGCGUUGGCUCUAGAAUGAAAUAUAACUAUAGAA